AUAUCUGUAUCGAAAAUAUGGACAGGAGAUUGAUGAGAAAUCAAAGUGAUCCCUUUUCACUUGAGGAUGUGAGAUUCAAAGAAUUGUUCAGGCUGAAUAAAGACGGCCCAAUAUGUUUUAAAUGGCAUCAUACCUCAUUUGAACCAGGUGCCGAAUCCUGUAGCAGUACCUGUUAUCCUGAAGUUUUUUGCUGCGCUUCAUUUUUAUGCUACUGGCACUUACCAAAGAGUGAUAGGCAGGAGCUAUGACAUUUCAAUGUCUCAGCAGAGUAUUUCAAGGGCUAUUCAUGAAAUAACUAAUGCUAUUAUCAGUACAUUUUCUGAACAACUGGUACACUUUCCAAGAACAGCAUUAGAAAAACAUGUAAUUAAGCAAAGGUUCAUGGAAGCAAGAGGUUUCCCUGGGGUAAUCGGAGCAAUUGAUUGCACACAUGUGGAAAUACUAAGGCCAACUUUGGAAGAGCAUAACUAUUUGAACAGAAAGGGUUACCAUUCCAAAAAUAUACAAAUUGUUUGUGAUCAUGAUCUAAACAUUCUUAAUAUCAAUGCCAGGUUUGCAGGUGCAUCUCAUGAUUCAUAUAUAUGGAGAAAUUCAUUGGUGAGGAAUGAUUUGGAAGGUGAUAGACAUUCAUGGCUCUUAGGCGACUCAGGUUAUCCUCAGGAACCAUGGUUGAUAACUCCUAUCCAAAAUGCAUUGCCUGGUUCGCCAGAAAGAAGAUACACAGAUUCCCAUAUUCAGACAAGAAACUGUGUAGAAAGGUGCAUAGGUGUAUUGAAAGGAAGAUUCCUCUGUUUAUCAAAUCCGCGUAGGCAGAAGCUCAAAAUGCCAUGGCACCACGAUUGCAAUGAUGAGGGACUUAGAGACAACUUGUUUAUCCAACCCUUGAACUGUCUAAGGUUGGUUGAACCGGGAAAAGCCUUCUCAGGCAGACUGUUCCACCGUCUCAAAACCUUGGGCACAAAGGAGCUGCCGUACCAGCCAAAUCUGGACGUACUCAGUUGGGAUGGGAGGCCAAAGUCUGACAGGCUCGUCACGCGUUGGCAUCAUGGAGCCGAGCGGAUCCCAUUGACAUAGCGGUAGGAGAGAGCUCAUCGACAUCCCGUCGAUGCGACAGGGUCUCGAGACCGUCCAUAAUGUGGUCGGAGGUGCAGUUCCCCAAAUAUGGGAGCAAUACUCGAGGCUAAGUCUUAUCGAGGCCUUGUAUAGAGUGAGGAGGUUAUGUGAAGAAAAGUACUAGCUCUAGACAAAUAGCCUAGUUUUUUUCCAGCAGCUGCUUCGAUUGACGAGACGUAAUAUUUUCACUGGUUUGAGUGGCAUAAGACAAGAUUUUCCUUCAAUCUUAGAUUUUUCAAUUUUCUUGUAGAGAAUUGUCUUGAUUUAAUUGAUAAUAAAUG